GUAAUCAAAGCACACCCAACUUCACUACUACUUCUCAAAAACAAAGAGAUCUAUCUAGAGAGAGAGGUAAUAAAUUUAAGAUGGGUGUGACAACGUGUUGUGACAAGGUGCAUUCAUGGUUCCGCGAUUCAAAAGCGCUUUUGAUAAUCAUAAGCCUGCAAUUUGGCUCUGCUGGGAUGUAUGUUAUCACCAAGGAUGCUCUUAACAAAGGAAUGAGUCAUUAUGUGUUUGUUGUUUACCGUAAUAUCAUCGCCACUAUAGUUCUUGGUCCCUUCGCAUUUUUUCUUGAAAGGAAAACAAGGCCCAAGAUGACAAUUCGGAUAUUUUCAGAAAUUAUGGCUGUGGCUUUUGUCGAGAUAAUACUUGAUCAGUGCUUCACCUUCCUUGGGAUGAAGAUGACAUCAGCCUCUUUUGCAUCAGCCGUGAUGAAUUCCGUACCAUCCAUCACCUUUGUACUCGCAAUCAUUUUUCGAUUGGAGCGCAUGAAGUUGAAGGAGUUAGGAUGCCAAGCCAAAGUGUUUGGCACUGUGGUGAGUCUUGGAGGAGCAUUUCUAAUGGCACUCUACAAAGGUCCAGUUGUUGGAUCAUCAGCGAGCCACGUUGCUCAAUCUCAGAAUGUGAGCAACUCGAGUGGCGAUCAGUGGCUCAUUGGUGCAUGUUUCCUCCUCAUAGGUUGUGCUGGCUUCUCUGCUUUCUACAUCUUGCAAGCCAUAACAUUGAGAAAGUAUCCAGCAGAGAUGUCUCUAGCAACAUGGAUUUGCUUUGUGGGUGCACUUCAAAGCAGUGCAUUAACAAUUUUCAUGGAACACCAUGACCCUGCAGCAUGGUCACUAGGAUUGGAUUCUAAGCUUUUUGCUUGUGCAUACUCGGGUAUAGUAACUUCAGCAGUCCAAUUUUACGUGCAAGGCACUGUUAUUAAAACAAAAGGCCCAGUCUUCGUCACUGCUUUCAAUCCCCUGCGUAUGAUCAUAGUCACAGCCUUGGCCUGCAUCCUCCUCUCAGAGAAACUCUACCUUGGAAGCCUUAUUGGCGGAGUAGUUGUGGUUAUGGGGCUUUAUCUAGUUGUGUGGGGCAAAGCUAAAGAACAGAAAAAUUUGAUACCACCUUGCCCUGAAAAGGAGAUAUCACAGCAGCUGCCAGUUAUUGCCCCAAAAAUUGAGAACAAUGAAAAUAAAGCACAAGUGGUCAUAAAUAGAGCUGGAACCAUUGAUGUGGAAGCCAGAGGUUCAUCAAGUACAGAGAGUAAUUGAUCUGUGACAAAUGAAGUGUGCACCUUAAUGGGAUAUCAAUUUUCAUAAUGUAGUACUGACUCUGGUCUAAGACCAAAUGUAGUGUGAAUUACGAGUUUAUGUUUUGAGGUUAUUUUGUUCAAGUUUUGAGGUCCCCUGCUGCAAAUUGCAAUGAAUGAAAUAUGAGUUGCAUGUUUUUGUUA